UGUACUACAUGUAUGUAUGCACACUGUACAUGAGCUACAUGUGGCUUCAUGCUGUUUUCAUAACAUGGCAAUUAGGUUACUCAGGUUGGAAUACAAUAAUAGAAAACAGACUAGCCUAUGCUUGCCAAUUCAUUCAAAGCCUUUAUUGACAGUAGGUAUAGGCUUAGUCCUGCCUUCACAGCACACAUUAGUUAUCUAUUUAUGGUACCAAAAACUGGACUGAUUUUGUUAUGUUAACAACUUGUGGUUUCAACGGCUGCUGCUCCAGCUGUGUGAAGUGAACACAAGUGCCCAAUUUAGGCCUUACUGAAAAAAAAAGAAGAAAAAGCAAAAUGAGAGUUAGUCCAACGGCUGCAGGGGACUGAAGGCCAGGAAUCAUUCACACAAGCCAAACCUGACAGCAAGGAUUUCUGUGUGUAUUUAAAGUGCAGACAGGAGGUGACAAGCUGGAGGAGGGGCAAUAAAAUUUAACUGAAACUCUUUACUGAAAAGUGUUUUUUCUUUCAGUACCAUGUAACGAUUUAGGCCCAUGGAAAUCCAUCAAAACACAGGUUUGACAUAUAACCGUAUUGUCAAAGCAAUGAGUCAUAUGGGGAUAUAGGGUAUGUCAAGGGAAGUCUCCCCCGCACAGCAUUCAUUUUUGGAAGUACGGUUGGUGGACUGCAAUCGCUGCUCAUUGUUAUGUAUCAGCAGCGCAUCACUCGUUUUAAAAGCAGACUAUUGGUGUACUCUGCAAACGCGGAUGUCUGUUUGGGUUUGUAAGCACACGCGAGAGAGAGAGAGAGGUCUGCAGUUUCUCAUGGCUGUGAGUGUGAGCUGCUGCAGAAAAUUUCCCCUCAUCUCCUCCUCUCCCCGCCCCCACAUCUUGCCUCCAUUAUUCCCGUGUUUUCGAAGCAACUCAGAUGACAGCAAGAAACAUAGCUGGCAAGUGAAGGCAGUCUGGAAUUCGUUCGGCCGUUACCCGUUUCUUCCGGUUGUCCCCCCCUCGGUUGCUGACCGUUGCCGUUUUUUUUGUGUGUGUGGAAGCCUCGCAUCGAGCGUUUGUUUGCAAGAUGACGGAGGGGAGGCGAUGUCAGGUCCAUCUCCUGGAUGACAGGAAGCUGGAGCUUCUUGUACAGCCCAAGCUGAUGGCUAAGGACUUGCUGGACCUUGUUGCCUCUCACUUCAACCUCAAGGAGAAGGAGUAUUUUGGAAUUGCAUACACAGACGAAACGGGCCACUUUAGCUGGCUGCAGUUGGACCGCAGGGUAUUAGAACAUGAGUUCCCCAAGAAGUCUGGUCCCAUUGUCCUCUACUUCUGUGUCAGGUUCUACAUAGAGAGUAUAUCCUACCUGAAAGACAAUGCUACUAUUGAGCUGUUUUUCCUUAAUGCCAAGUCCAUCAUCUACAAGGAGCUUAUUGAAGUGGACAGUGAUGUUGUCUUUGAAUUGGCUUCCUAUAUUCUACAAGAGGCUAAAGGCGAUUUCACCAGUAAUGAUGCAACCAGGUCUGACCUAAAAAAGCUGCCUGCUCUGCCUACCCAGGCCUUAAAGGAGCACCCAUCACUGGCCUAUUGUGAAGAUCGUGUCAUAGAGCAUUACAAGAAGCUCAGUGGGCAGUCCAGAGGGCAGGCUAUUGUAAAUUAUAUGAGCAUUGUAGAGUCUCUGCCCACAUAUGGAGUACAUUACUAUGCCGUGAAGGACAAGCAGGGCAUCCCAUGGUGGUUGGGACUGAGCUAUAAAGGCAUCUUUCAGUAUGACCACCAGGACAAAGUCAAACCCAGGAAGGUGUUCCAAUGGCGUCAGUUGGAGAAUCUCUACUUCAGAGAGAAGAAGUUUUCAGUAGAAGUUCAUGACCCCAGGAGUAGGGCGUCGGUGACAAGAAGGACGUUUGGUCACAGUGGCAUCGCUGUGCACACGUGGUACGCGUGUCCUGCCCUCAUCAAGUCCAUCUGGGCCAUGGCAAUCAGCCAGCACCAGUUCUACCUGGACCGCAAGCAAAGCAAGUCUAAAAUCCAUGCAGCGCGGAGUUUGAGUGAGAUUGCUAUAGACCUUACGGAAACAGGAACUCUGAAGACCUCCAAACUAGCCAACAUGGGCAGCAAGGGAAAAAUUAUAAGUGGCAGCAGUGGCAGUCUGCUCUCCUCAGGCUCUCAGGAAUCGGACAGCUCCCAGACUGCCAAGAAGGACAUGCUAACAGCACUGAGGGCCAGGCAAGAGGCACUGGAGGAAACACUAAGACAGAGACUAGAGGAACUUAAGAGCAUCUGCAUCAGAGAAGCGGAGCUAACAGGGAAGCUCCCUAAGGAAUAUCCUCUGGAUCCAGGAGAGGAGCCACCUACAGUGAGACGGAAGAUUGGUACUGCCUUCAAACUAGAUGAGCAGAAAAUUCUUCCUAAGGGAGAGGAGGAGGAACUGGAGCGUUUGGAGCGCGAGUUUGCCAUUCAGUCCCAGAUUACAGAGGCAGCCAGGCGUCUUGCCAGCGAUCCUCACGUGAGCAGUAAGAAGCUGAAGAAACAGAGGAAGACUUCUUAUCUGAACGCGCUGAAGAAGCUGCAGGAAAUUGAGAACUCUAUCAAUGAGUACCGGGUCCGCUCUGGCAAGAAGCCUACUCAGAGGGCAUCUCUUAUCAUAGAAGAGGCCAAUAUUGGUUCUGAGGACAGUUCAUUGUCUGACGCAUUGGUCUUGGAUGAUGAUGAUCCUCAAGUUACAGGUACCCCCACCUUCUCUCCAGUAGCAUCGCCUCACAAGGGCCUUCCUCCUCGACCACCGUCACACAGUCGACCCCCUCCACCACAGUCCCUGGAUGGCCUGCGACACCUGCACUACUCACGCUCUGACUAUGAUAAAUCACCCAUCAAACCCAAGAUGUGGAGUGAAUCGUCACUGGAUGAGCCCUAUGAAAAAGUCAAGAAACGCUCCUCUCACUCAAGUCACAGGCGGUUCCCAAGCUCUGGCAGUGCAGAAGCAGGGGGUAGUAACUCGUUGCAGAGCAGCCCUAUCAGGAACCUCCCUCACUGGAAUUCACAGUCCAGCAUGCCAUCAACCCCGGACCUGAGGACCAGAACCCCGCACUAUGUACAUUCCACUAGGUCAGUGGACAUCAGUCCCACACGUCUGCACAGUCUCGCUCAGCACUUUAGAAACCGCAGCUCAAGCCUUGAGUCCCAGGGCAAACUGUUAGCGUCCGACCCCGACGGGCACCCGCACACCCUGGGCACACUGGGCAGCCCUGACUUCUUCCUGGGCCCAGGACGCAGCUCCAAUGGCUCUGACCCACUGGACGACUGCUCAUCCUGCACCAGCCAAAGCAGCUCAGAGCAUUACUACCCCUCUGGUGGACCCCCAGGCAGCAACCCCAACUACUCUACUCUGGGAGAGGACUCACCCUCAAAAGCCAGACAGAGGCAGAGGCAAAGGCACAGGUCUGCAGGUCACUUGGGUUCCUCUAAUUCUGGCUCCAUGCCAAACCUGGCAGCUAAGAACGGCUCUGGUGGAGGUUCAAGUGGAGUUGGAAUGGGAGGUGGACACCAUGGUGUCUACCUUCACAGCCAGAGCCAGCCCUCUUCCCAGUACCGCAUCAAGGAGUACCCGCUUUACGUGGAGGGCAGCCCCAACCCCGUGGUGGUACGCAGCCUGGAGAGCGACCAGGAGGGCCACUACAGCGUGAAGGCUCAGUUCAAGACCUCCAGCUCCUACACGGCCGGAGGAUUGUACAAGGAAGCCUGGGGGGGAGAGGAGGGAGGUGAGGGAAGCGGCCGACUCACACCGUCACGCUCUCAGAUUGUACGGACUCCGUCAUUGGGGCGAGAGGGUGGUGGAGGUGGAGGAGGGGGAAGGGCAGCAGUGUCUGAGGAGCUGCGGUGCUGGUACCAGAGGUCCUCAGGGAGCCUGAAAGAGAGGAGUCACUCAAAUUCGGGGUCUACUUCCUCCGAGACAGGGUCACAGCAAGGCACCCUGGGACAUGGUCGGGGGAGUAGAGUCGGAACACUCGCCAAGGGCUCACCAGCUGCAUCCCCUCACAGCCAGAGGAGUAUGACGCCCUCCAGUGAACACGCAGCCACACCCACACCCCCCUGUAGCCCACAGCACAUCCUCAACUGGCAGAGCGGGUCUUUCAGUGACAGCUGUUUUCUCAGCAGCCCCCUGUGUUCAGAGCUGGCAGAUGUGCAGUGGUACGGACGUGACAAGGCCAAACCUGGAACCCUGGUCUGAGACCUUCUGAUAGGGCCCAGAAAAGUCCCAUUGUCCUAUCCUACUGCCUCUCCACUGUCCCUCACUGCUACCCAUCAACAACCAACAACCUCGUCCUUAAGGCCCUACAAAAACCCUGACCUGACUGGACUGGCGGACUGGACAUGAGCCUCCUUCCUCCCUAAAUCUUGCCCUCCAUCCAUCUCUCCACCUCUUUAUUAUAGCCCUCUGUCACAGCUCAGCUCGACAGGGACACACUCGCUGGGCUCCGUUCAGAGCUGAUUUCACAGGAUGGACUGAGAAGUGCCACCUCAGCUCUUGAACUGCUGCCCUCCAGCACCACAGAGCUCGUUCUUCACUCACCCUCAACACACAAGCAACAGGGCAGUGGGGGGGGGAGAGCAACAGGAAGAAAGAGAGCACACAAAAAUAUCAAACACACAACUCAAACUCAACAAAACCAACAUCAGCCAUGCUAUGAUCUGUUUCAUAUCCUGUCACUACCAACUCCAGGGCACUGCCUCCCAAUAAGAGGGAACCUGCUGGAUUUGAGCCACCAGUUAAAAACACAUUUCCAGGCCCAAAUGAACUGUGUUGGAUGUUAAUAAUCCCAUUAUUGUGUGUCUUGUUUUGUUUAUUUUUCCCUGCAUAUUUAUAAAAAGAGAAGAUGACACAGAAUUUCAAAAAAUAAUAAUGAUAAAACAUUUAGAUGACAAAUUAAAAUCCUCUCGGUUUAACCCACAACCAAAGACAAAACUGGAAUUACUGGUCACACCGGGGUCCCUGGUCCAGUGCAGAAAAGUAACUGCAACUGUAUGAGAGUGAAUGGAAACAGUGACGAUAUCAGCGCGGUUCAUGGGACUAUCUGGGAUAUUGAUGAGGACCAUAGCAAUAACAAACACUGUACAAGUAUAUGAACUGGUUUGAAUUUACAGAGUGAAUUGAAGCAGGCAUUCUGCCAUCUUCUCUGUCUUGUGAUGCUUGGAGUUAAAGAUUUGGACUUGUAGUUAUUGGGUUUGGCAUCGAUCUAUGCUUAUUUCAGUGACUUCAUCAUUUAUAUUUAUUUAAUGUCUUUGGUCUUAACCAUGCAGUGCAUUGUGAUCAGUACUAAGACAUUCCACCUUUACUCAUCUUUCAUUUUCACCCCUCAAAGAUAAAAAUGAUUGGCUGUUACUUGUGUUUGCUAAUUAGGCUGUUUAGUGAUAAAUCCCUACAGUGAAUCACUUUUUAUCACUAGAGUCUCUUCUUCUCUUUUUGCUCUUUUCACCAUGCUAUCAUUCAGUCCCUUGUGUUGCACUGGUUUUUCACCUUGACUGAACAUCGUCUGAACUCAAUGUUGGCCAAAACACACACACACACACACACACUGACAGCCACAAAACCUCUUAUUAUGGGCAUGCACAAGUUCAAGUUUCUUAGUGCCAAAUGUGUUGGUGCUUUACAUGUUUUGUUUUACUGUAAUUCAGCACUGAAACAGGAUACAGCCCCUUCUAAUCCCAACAGUAAAUGCUCACAGUCUAUAGACAGAUAAUAAAACAGCAGGCAGAGUGAUCUAUGAUCUGACAUCAGGUGUAACAGGAAUUACUCAAACAUACUUUGAAAAGCACAACAGUGUCUGUGAGGGCUGUACCUGCAGCUAGCGUGUUCUCAUUUUCCACUUUCAAUAUUUUAAUAAUGCAUUGUAAAGUGCAUAAGUGGGAACUGGAAAAGCUGGAACCACCGACAAGGUAUUACAUGACUGUUGUUCUUUUUGCUAGUGUAUGGACAUCGACAAAUUUCAGACAAUAAUUAACACCUCACUAUAAGGGCAGAAGAGACACCGUAGCCAGAACUGAAAUAAACAAUAUUUUAAUUAUCUUCUCACAGAUCCCAAUUAAUAAUCGGAUCUUCAGAAUAGCAUCAGAAAAGCACACCUCCUUUUGUAUGAAGAAAGUACAGUAGAACUGCAGCAUCCCUCAUCCUCCCCUAACCACAGUUUAUGUUGAGAAUUAUUGUUUCCUUGUUGCACAAAAUCUGAAUUGAUCAGAUGUUCAUUUUACUAAUACUGUUAUGUCUGGAUAAAAGAUGCGACAUGCUGUAUGAUGUGGGAGGAAUGGAACGAGUUCUCCCCCGUCACUCACAGUGUUGUGUUUCCUUCAAGCACCACAUGUAAUCCGAAGGUUUAGCCCACUCCUUGCAUGGCUGCUUCUCCGUAAGUGGUCCACCCAUUCCUGGUUAAAUUUGAUCAAGCCUUUCCCAGGUUUGGAACCAGCACUCCCUGGUUACCGUCUAGUAAGAGUUAAUUAUUCAAGUGUAUCCAAGUCACCUAUUAGAGUACAAGUUGGACCCCUCUUUGCUCACUCAACAUCUUUGCCCACAGUUUGUGCGCUUAAAGACACGAUCCCGUGCAUGCCCGGCAGAUCCACGAAAAUGAAAACCCCAAAGACAUCCAACUUCUUUAUGGUAACAUUAACACGUCUCGCUCCAUAUUGUGUCCUCGAUCCCUGAAAGUUCCAUUUUGACCUUGUGGUAACCUCUGACCUCUGAGCCCGAUGUGAAGAAGUGUGACGUCCCCUCCCUCUGUAGCUCCAAACGUAUCACUUUCUCUGUGCUCCAUAGAAGUGUAUGAGGUUUUUGUAAUACUCCAAGAGAAAUGAACUAACUCUUUUAUCAGUCUAUUCCUGUAUGUACGCAGGGGCACUGUAAGGUUUUGUGGGGUUUUCAACAUUCACAUUAUUGAUUUUAACAAUGUUCCAUUUUAUAUGAACCAGUAUUGUUUGUUUUGGGUUUUUUUUUUGUUUUGUUUUUUUUUAGUUCUGACAUUGUAACAACCCUUUCAGGUGCUACAAAAUGACCAGUUACUGCUCUGUCACGUAGGAUAUAGACACCUCUUCAUUGUUAUCAAUAGACUCAAUACCAGAUGUGCAAAAUGAAGCUUAUUUUAACGGACAGUUUUAAUAGUAGAACAUUUCCCCUACCAGACAAUAGAGCAUGUAACUUGAUUUUAUCAGUUCUGUUCAACUGUAACAAUACAUUAAAGGUGUUGUAGAAAAAAAUGUGGAAUUGCUUAAAAAAAAAAAAAAAUAACUGAAUUCCACAGUUAAUUUAUUCUUUUUUCUAUUAAAAAUUUGUAUAGUAACUUUACAUUUUUCAAAUGUGUUGUUGGAAAUUAAUGAUGAAUUUUCAAGAUGAGAAGCCGUGGUGGUUCUUCAGAUAAAGAAAAAUAAAUUAUUGAUGAAUGUUCUCAAGA